AUGGCCGCCAACAAAGAGAUCUGGGAAGCGAAGAACAAAAAAGUGGCACAGUCUUCUGAUGCAGCGCCAUCCGCCGCACCGCCAUCUGGAUCAUCGACCGAGGAGGCCUCAACCAAGGGUACCUCGGACGGACGACAAACGACAAGUUCCUCUCGACAACCACCAGCCGCGUCCGAUGAUCAGCGUGAGGAGGCAUCAGACCAACAAAAAGAUUCGUCACGACCAGUCCCGUCAUGA